AUGACGUUGCAUCUAUUCAGUCUUAUGCGGGAUUACAACGAUCUCUUUUUUGCUGUUGCUAUUGCUGCUCUUACGUUCUUUCUUCUUAUGUCAAGAACACGGGGGCUACCAUUACCUCCUGGACCCAGGGCAUCAUGGUGGCUUGGGACAGUACAUCUGCCCGAGAUCUUACCUUGGCUCACUGUUGCUAAGUGGAGAGAGACUUAUGGUACCCAAUUCCUCAAAGGGGACAUCAUCUACAUCUCACAAGUCGGAAACUCCAUUCUCUACGUCAAUUCGGCCAAGGUCGCAUCCGACCUACUCGACAAGCGAAGUGUUAAUUACUCUUCCCGACCGCCAUCACCGAUGGUUCGUGAUCUAAUGGGCUGGAGAUGGGCUUUUCCAAGCAUGCCUUACGGACCAACUUGGCGGAAAUAUCGUGCACUGUUUCAAAAACAGUUCCAACCAAACUCAUCCCGUUAUCAGCCUAUCCAGGCUAAAGAAGUACAUGGCCUGCUUCGUAAUUUGGCACGCAGCCCUGAGAAAUUCCACUAUCACAUUCAAAGGAUCGAGGAAGAAGGUGACAUCUACGUCACCCUUUCAGAACGGGCUAUCGCUAGUGCUUUGAAUGCCGGAGUGUUCGGUACAUAUCUUGUGGAUUACAUUCCUCUUUUGAGGUAUGUUCCGGACUGGUUGCCUGGGGCAAAGUUCAAGAGGCAAGCGAAGGAAUGGAAGAAGUUGGUCGAUGACAUGGUCGACCAACCAUUCGAAAUGACCAAAGAGCGAAUGGCAUCUGGCACAGCGGAACCAUGUUUUACGACACUAGAACUUGAGGACUCUGCUGAUCGAGCCAACGAUGCCGAAUAUGCCACUAUGAUCAAAAGUGUUGCCGCAAUUUCUUAUGCUGCUGGCACCGACACAACCGUUAGUGCCAUAGAAACAUUCUUUUUGGCGAUGAUGCUCUACCCCGAGGUUCAGCGCAAGGCUCAAGCUCACCUUGACAAGGUUAUAGGUGUUGACCGGCUGCCCCGUUUUUCCGAUCGACAAGAUUUGAGUUAUAUUGACUGCAUCAUCUGGGAAGCCUUAAGGUGGAAGCCAACCGUACCCAUGGGCCUAUCACACACUUCUGUCAAGGAUGAUAUCUACGAGGGAUAUAGCAUACCGAAAGGAACCACUAUCUUCCCAAAUAUCUGGGCUAUCAUGCAUGACGAGAAGACCUACCCUGAUCCUUCUGCGUUUCGUCCUGAACGGUUCGAAGACCGAAAGAGGAACCUCGAGCUCGGGAUCAAUCCCCUCCCGGAAGUUGUCUUUGGCUAUGGCCGGCGGGCCUGUCCAGGAAGGUGGCUCGCGUUCGAUACCCUGUGGAUCACGGUUGCUUCCGUGCUGGCCGUGUACAACAUCUCUAAGGCUGUCGACGACGGCGGUGCUGUGAUCGAACCUGACACUGAAUAUACUACCGGCAUCGUGAGCCGACCAAAGCCGUUCCGAGUUUCUCUCGUUCCACGCUCCGAUGCGGCACUUGAGCUUAUAAGACAGACUGGAGAGGAGCAUUAG